AUGAAUCUCUCCCCAUUUCCCGAGAACGAUUAUGAGCAGCAGCGUUCUCACCUGGAACUCGCAAAGUCAAAGCUGAAGCAUUUCCCUUCAACAGUCUUCCCUUACUUCCUAUCGAUCCUUUCUGAAGACUCCUUUUUGGAACCAAAACCCAACUAUCGCAACGGUCGUAACGACAGCACUGAGACCUUUGGGCUCUCGCCUUCAGAAAUCUUCCUAUCCCCAAUUCAACCUCCAAAUAUAUCCACUGAAAGUAUGACGGAUCCGAUUACAGUCGCGGCCAUCGGCGCAGCGGCUACGGUUGCUGUAUGCCUUAUUACGACAGCCGCCCCCGAGAUCAAACAGGCCCUUCGAUGCCGUAGGACCGGACGGCUGUUUCGCAAGCUCAACAAGGCCCUGCAAUGUCCAGAAAGUAAGAUUCAGCUAGUUCACUUGAUAGUAUCUGGCACAUCAUGCGGAGACUGA